AUGUCGUCGCAGCUGCGCGCCGCCGCCGCUAUGGGCCGUCGCGUUGGCCCCCGGGGACUUCUUCCUAGCUGCAACCUCUUAUCAUCCUCGUACCCGGUCCUAAGACAGAGCCAUGUCCGCGUCCACGCUCGCCGAUCUGGCACCACCUCUCGACCGAAUACCCUCGCCAGGGGAGCUGUGCCACCGCUCUUCCCGUCGAGACUCCUCGCCCGCGCGCUGUCAGGGAGACCGCUCCCGCAGGGACGAUCGGCUGUCCUCAACUUCUUAUACCGCACCGCCGCUGUGGUCGGCACGGGGUUCGGGUUCAUGGGCGCGCUGCUAGCCGCCUUCUUCAUAUACGACUCGACGACGUACGAGGAGUCGUCGUCGACUCUCGGCGACUGCCACGUCUCCGAGGCAGCCCUCAACCCGCGCCGCGGCGGGCCCAAGAACCUCCCCAUCGUAGAGGCCCUGCUUGACGACGACGAGACGGAGGAGUCCAGGCAGAGGAAGACUAAGCCACACCUCGUCAUCCUGGGUGGCGGCUGGGGGAGCGUCGCCCUGCUGAAGCAGCUCAAGCCCGGAGACUAUCACGUGACCGUGAUCAGUCCCAAUAAUUACUUCCUAUUCACGCCGAUGCUCCCCUCCGCGACGGUCGGGACCCUGGAGAUGCGCAGUCUGGUCGAGCCCAUCCGCAGGAUCCUGUCGAGGGUUGGCGGGUCCUUCCUCCGGGCGUCGGCCGAGGACGUGGAUUUCUCGCAUAAGCUGGUGGAGGUGUCGCAGACGGACGCGAGGGGCGAGGAGGUACGGUUCUACGUGCCGUACGACAAGCUGGUUAUCGCGGUCGGGUCGGUGACGAACCCGUACGGGGUCAAGGGCCUCGAGAACUGCUUCCUGCUCAAGGACAUCAACGACGCCCGCAUGAUCCGGAACCGGGUGAUGAGAAACCUCGAGCUCGCCUGCCUCCCGACGACGCCCGACGACGAGCGGCGCCGCCUCCUCUCCUUCGUCGUCAGCGGCGGCGGCCCCACCGGCGUCGAGUUCGCCGCCGAGCUCUUCGACCUGCUCAAUGAGGACCUGUCAAAGCGCUUCCCGCGCCUGCUGCGCAACGAGAUCUCGGUGCACCUGAUCCAGAGCCGCGGCCACAUCCUCAACACGUACGACGAGACGCUGUCGCGGUACGCCGAGGAGCGGUUCGCGCGCGACCAGGUCGACGUGCUGGUCAACUCGCGCGUCAAGGAGGUGCACCCGGACCGCAUCGUCUUCACCCAGCGGGCCGACGACGGCACCAUCGUCACCAAGGAGCUGCCCAUGGGCUUCUGCCUCUGGUCGACGGGCGUGUCGCAGAGCGAGCUGUGCCGGCGCAUCGCGGCGAAGCUCGGCCCGGCGGCGCAGAACAACCGCCACGCGCUCGAGACGGACGCGCACCUGCGGCUCAGCGGCACGCCGAUGGGCGACGUGUACGCGAUCGGGGACUGCGCGACGGUGCAGAACAACGUGGCGGACAGCGUGGUGGCGUUUCUGCGGGGGCGGGCGUUCCGGCUGGGGCGGGACCCGGAGGCGGUGGAGCUGGGGUUCGGGGAGUGGCGGGCGGUGGCGGCGGAGGCGCGGCGGCGGUUCCCGCAGGCGGGGGCGCACCUGCGGCGGCUGGACCGGCUGUUCGCGCAGUUCGACCGGGACCGGUCGGGGACGCUGGACCUGGGCGAGCUGCGCGAGCUGCUGCGGCAGAUCGACAGCCAGCUGACGUCGCUGCCGGCGACGGCGCAGCGCGCGAACCAGCAGGGCGUGUACCUGGCGCGCAAGCUCAACCGCCUGGCGCGCGCCGCCCCCGGGCUCGCCGCCAACGACGUCCGCGACGGCGACCUCGACGACGCCUGCCACCCCGCCUUCGCCUACCGCCACCUCGGCAGCCUCGCCUACGUCGGCAACUCGGCCGUCUUCGACCUCGGCGGCGGCUGGCGCGCCGCCGGCGGCCUCUGGGCCGUCUACGCCUGGCGCAGCGUCUACUUCGCCCAGAGCGUCGGCGUGCGCACCCGCAUGCUCAUGGCCAUGGACUGGGCGAAGCGGGGCUUGUUCGGCCGAGAUCUCAUGAGUUUCUAA